CGUCAGAGUUUCCUGCCCACCAUCUUUGUCCCUGGCAAAGUGGGUUUUGCGCAGUGGCUUAGACCUAGAGAAAGAAUCGUGACGGGCAGGAAACCAUUACAACACCACCCCGGCUGUGCUCUCCGGCUGCUGCCGCCACCCCGCCCUUGCCUCCGGUGCACAUUAAAGAUCCAAAAUCAUGACUGACUCCAAGUACUUCACAACCAAUAAAAAAGGAGAAAUCUUUGAAUUAAAAGCUGAACUCAACAAUGAAAAGAAAGAAAAGAGGAAGGAGGCUGUGAAGAAAGUGAUUGCUGCUAUGACUGUAGGGAAGGAUGUUAGUUCUCUCUUUCCAGAUGUGGUGAACUGUAUGCAGACUGACAACCUGGAACUAAAGAAGCUUGUGUAUCUCUACCUGAUGAACUACGCCAAGAGUCAGCCAGACAUGGCCAUCAUGGCUGUCAACAGCUUUGUGAAGGACUGUGAAGAUCCUAAUCCUUUGAUUCGGGCCUUGGCAGUCAGAACCAUGGGAUGCAUCCGGGUGGACAAAAUUACAGAAUAUCUCUGUGAGCCCCUCCGCAAGUGCUUGAAGGAUGAAGACCCCUAUGUUCGGAAAACAGCAGCAGUCUGUGUGGCAAAACUCCAUGAUAUCAAUGCCCAAAUGGUAGAAGAUCAGGGAUUUCUGGAUUCUCUACGUGAUCUCAUAGCAGAUUCAAAUCCAAUGGUGGUGGCUAAUGCUGUAGCAGCAUUAUCUGAAAUCAGUGAGUCUCACCCAAACAGCAACUUACUUGAUCUGAACCCACAGAACAUUAAUAAGCUGCUGACAGCCUUGAACGAGUGCACUGAAUGGGGCCAGAUUUUCAUCCUGGACUGCCUUUCUAAUUACAACCCUAAAGAUGACCGGGAGGCCCAGAGCAUCUGUGAGCGGGUAACUCCCCGGCUAUCCCAUGCCAACUCAGCAGUGGUGCUUUCAGCAGUAAAAGUCCUAAUGAAAUUUCUGGAGUUGUUACCCAAGGAUUCUGACUACUACAAUAUGCUGCUGAAGAAGUUAGCCCCUCCUCUUGUCACUUUGCUGUCUGGGGAACCAGAAGUGCAGUAUGUCGCUCUGAGGAACAUCAACCUAAUUGUCCAGAAAAGGCCUGAAAUCUUGAAGCAGGAAAUUAAAGUCUUCUUUGUGAAGUACAAUGAUCCCAUCUAUGUUAAACUAGAGAAAUUGGACAUCAUGAUUCGUUUGGCAUCUCAAGCCAACAUUGCUCAGGUUCUUGCAGAAUUGAAGGAAUAUGCCACAGAGGUGGAUGUUGACUUUGUUCGCAAAGCUGUGCGGGCCAUUGGACGAUGUGCCAUCAAGGUGGAGCAAUCUGCAGAGCGCUGUGUAAGCACAUUGCUCGAUCUAAUCCAGACCAAAGUAAAUUAUGUUGUCCAAGAGGCAAUUGUUGUCAUCAGGGACAUCUUCCGCAAAUACCCCAACAAGUAUGAAAGUAUCAUUGCCACUCUAUGUGAGAACUUAGACUCACUGGAUGAGCCAGAUGCUCGAGCGGCCAUGAUUUGGAUUGUGGGAGAAUAUGCCGAAAGAAUUGACAAUGCAGAUGAGUUACUAGAGAGCUUCCUGGAAGGUUUUCACGAUGAAAGCACCCAGGUGCAGCUCACUCUGCUUACUGCCAUAGUGAAGCUGUUUCUCAAGAAACCAUCAGAAACACAAGAGCUGGUCCAGCAGGUGUUGAGUUUGGCAACACAGGAUUCUGAUAAUCCUGACCUUCGAGACCGGGGUUAUAUUUAUUGGCGCCUUCUCUCAACUGACCCUGUCACGGCCAAAGAAGUAGUCUUGUCUGAGAAGCCACUGAUCUCUGAGGAGACAGACCUUAUUGAGCCAACCCUGCUGGAUGAGCUAAUCUGCCACAUUGGUUCUUUGGCCUCUGUGUACCACAAGCCCCCCAAUGCUUUUGUAGAAGGAAGUCAUGGAAUCCAUCGCAAACACUUGCCAAUUCAUCAUGGAAGCACUGAUGCAGGUGACAGCCCUGUUGGUACCACCACUGCUACCAACCUGGAACAGCCUCAGGUUAUCCCCUCUCAAGGUGACCUUCUGGGGGAUCUUUUAAACCUUGACCUUGGUCCCCCAGUCAAUGUGCCACAGGUAUCCUCCAUGCAGAUGGGAGCAGUGGAUCUCUUGGGAGGAGGACUAGAUAGUCUGCUUGGCAGUGACCUUGGCGGGGGCAUUGGAGGAAGUCCGGCAGUGGGACAAUCCUUCAUCCCAUCAUCAGUGCCUGCAACCUUUGCUCCUUCACCUACUCCUGCUGUGGUCAGCAGUGGUCUGAAUGACCUGUUUGAACUGUCCACAGGGAUAGGCAUGGCUCCUGGUGGAUAUGUGGCUCCUAAGGCUGUCUGGCUACCUGCAGUAAAGGCUAAAGGCUUAGAGAUUUCAGGAACAUUUACUCACCGCCAAGGACACAUCUAUAUGGAAAUGAACUUCACCAACAAAGCUCUGCAGCAUAUGACAGACUUUGCAAUACAGUUUAACAAGAAUAGCUUUGGUGUCAUCCCCAGCACUCCUCUGGCCAUCCAUACACCACUGAUGCCAAACCAGAGCAUUGAUGUCUCCCUGCCUCUCAACACUCUGGGCCCAGUCAUGAAGAUGGAACCUCUGAAUAACCUGCAGGUGGCUGUGAAAAACAAUAUUGAUGUCUUCUACUUCAGCUGCCUCAUCCCACUCAAUGUACUUUUUGUAGAAGAUGGCAAAAUGGAACGCCAGGUCUUCCUUGCAACAUGGAAGGAUAUUCCCAAUGAAAAUGAACUUCAGUUUCAGAUUAAGGAAUGUCAUUUAAAUGCUGACACUGUUUCCAGCAAGUUGCAAAACAACAAUGUUUAUACUAUUGCCAAGAGGAAUGUGGAAGGGCAGGACAUGCUAUACCAAUCCCUGAAGCUCACUAAUGGCAUUUGGAUUUUGGCUGAGCUACGUAUCCAGCCAGGAAACCCCAAUUAUACGCUGUCACUGAAGUGUAGAGCUCCUGAAGUCUCUCAGUACAUCUACCAGGUCUACGACAGCAUUUUGAAAAACUAAUAGACUGGUCCAGUACCCUCCAGUCACCCUGGGAUCGGUGCAAGCCAAGAACUCUUAACUGGAAGAAACUGUAUUGCUGUGUAGAAUAGGAACCGAAACACACUGAGGCCACCCACCAAGGUAGUGACUAGUCUAACCUGUGCUAAUGUUAGGGCACAACCUGUUGGAUAGUUUUAGCUUCCUGUGAACAUUUGUAACCACUGCUUCAAUCACCUCCCACCUCUUGCCACCCGUUGCUGCUAUCUGUCCUUACUUGUGGGCUUCUCCAUGCUAUGCCAAUGACUGGCUUUUUCUACACCCUCUUUUGAGUGUAGUUUGAUAUUUUGUAAUCGAGAGCUCAUUUCAAGAGCAGAAAAAGACAACAAAUAUUAAAGCAAGGAAAAGUGUCACUGAAACAUAAACUGCACUUUAUUGUUUUAUAUUUUUGUACAUAUGAGAAAUUGAGGGAGUAAUGUAACCAGUAGAAAGUGUUAAAACAACGGACUGUCAUUAACCACAUAGUCCUGGAGAAAGAGAUGCAGUUACCUGCCCUGCCCUUUUAUGGGUUCUCUUAUCUGUGGCAACCUUGUCCCUGGCCAUUUGGAUUUCCCCUUUUUUUCUUUCUGUGCAAACUCCUUGUCCUUGGCCAAGCCUUCUUGCUGCCUCCCAUUCCAUAUCAUCAUCUCAUUUGAUCGCUCUGCAGUUGGGCACGGGGAUCUUCCUUGAACGACAUUUCAGGGUGCAGGAAGCACAGGGCCUGUCAGAACCAAAGCUGAGAGAAGUUACAACUUACUACAUUCCUUUCCCCUGAACCAACCCACUAAUAACACUGAUGAAGGAGUUUGAGUAGAGAUGGGAAACAGGAACCAAAAUGCCAUCCAACCCCUCACCCCCUUCUCUGUGUUUGUUAGGUCCAAUUCAGAUCUAAAGUCACAGAGUUUUAGAAUUGAAACAGAGUAAUAACUUACCCAACCAUGUUUUUCUGUGAAGAAAAAGGAUAAAAGGCAAGUUACUGCCCAGCCUGUCAGCUGUUAAGCAGCAGAGCUAGACUGAGUCUCCUAAACCCUCAUCACUGGGGUUUUCACUGCAGGACUGUCUCAUUGUUUUUCCCUCAAUGCCUUCUCCUGCCUUUUCUGUACCUGCUUUGCAGCUCUUCACAUCUCCAUACUGAUUGGGGCACCCCAGUCAUUGGCAUCAGGUGGCCGCAGAGUAUCUUCUCAGUUACUUGAAGGUAAAUCGAGAUGCCAGAAUGAAGGAGUAGCUGAUGUUCCCCAGUGCUUCUGGAGCCACAGUUCUUGAGGCCAGCAGGGUGGGUGCAGAGAUGAAGUGAGCUUAGAGAUGUCGAAAAUUCUCUUUAUCCCUUCAGCUCUCUGAUCUGCUCUUUAUUCAUGUUACUUAGACUUCAAGGCAAAUUAAGAACAUCCCAGAGGGUCAAGCAGUUCUUGUCAUCUCUGAAAAGACGGGGGAUGUGAAAUCUCUACCCUCCUCCCCAACACAUUGGAUAUGAUUUGUCAAAGAACGCUUUGUGCCCAAAACAGCAACCUGUUUAGCCGUGUGCACACUGUUUGAUCUGUGGGCACUUGUUGCAUCACCUGGCACGCAGUAUUCAGGGCCCUUGACUAAGACUGCUCUUCUCAAAUGCCCCUGCUCAAAUCAGAGGCCUCAUGUUGGACUCAGAUCGAACUCACUGGACACAGAGAAGGAAUUGUGGAAAACGAGCAAAAACUACCCCCCAGACCUGUCUGAAAUGACCCUGCUUCAUACCAGUUGCAAAGCUUGGGGAGAGUGGGUCCUCCAAAGCUGUUUCUUAAACUUUGAGAAUGUCCAAGAGGAGAAAUACUGGGGUUGGGGGGGCAGGGAAUAUGCCCCUCACUCACCGCCCCUGAGGCGCGUGGGCAAUAGGAAGUAGCACAGGACUGUGUUGGAGGCGGACAGUUUGGUGAUGUGUGGGUGGAAAAGCAGGUUGAUAAAGUUCCCUUGUUGGGGUUCAUUCAUGGAGUUAGUUGGAUACAAGCAGUGAAGAAGGUUCACACUACAAAUACUGUGUUCUCAUCUCAAAGCAAACUAGUUCCAGAAGGAAGAGAAUGUCAGGGCAAGCAUAUAACACAAUUUUGUACCAGGAUAUGUCCCUCAACCCCUGAAACUAGGCUUCUCUCAGCCUCCCCACCAGUGAUGGAUGGCAGCUACUGUUCUCAGCUGACGUGACUGAGCCAAUCCAUGAACUCUCUACUUCCUGGGGAGGCUGCCUCCCAUUGCAUCCCUGAGCAGAGGGAGGGAAGGGUUCUACUUGACAGAGAAGGACCUCUGUCCUGAAGAGACAGGAUCCAUUGCCUCCACCACAGCUUCCCUUUUGGCCCAUUGCAAGCUUGGCCACACUGGGGGAGCAGGGUGGAGGUUGCCAUGUAUCCCCCUCUCCUCCACCUGAGUAUCUUCGUACAUCAGCUGGUAUCAUACAAAGGGCAAGGGAAGCAAACACCCAGAACUCUUGCUGGUCAGAGAUUCCCUGAGUGUCUGUCCUCUCCCAAGCCAGUUCCAUGUGUCUGUGUUGUGAAGCGUGGGACUCUGGAGAGAAUGGGGGAGGGGGGAGGGAUAAAUGUUGCCCUAAGAAUGCUUCUCGUUCUUCUGUUCUUGUUGGGAUCUGUUCUUGGGGAGGGUGGGGGCUGGGGGAAGCUUGACCUUGUGUCUUCGUCAAUAAACUCUCAUUUACACAAAA